AUGCGUCUCUCCCUCUAUCAAGCCAGCCAGAGGGUGAAGGCAGCGCAUGCGCGUUUCAGUUUGUGGGCGGUGGAGGCGGAAGAGGAGCGUGUGAGCGGACUGAAUCGCUUUCGCCUAUUCCGUGCGGAGGCGGAUCCGACCGGCAAGAUGGAGAGUAAGUGUGCUUGGAUCGCCCUCAGGUCACUUUGCUCCUUUCCCAUCGGCGUGGGGGCGUGUAUCUUUCUGUUUUGCUCCGGAAUGAUUAAUCCGAAGUGACUCCGGUUCUGGCCUCGCGGUCAUUAAAGCUGCCCUAUUUUACCCAUUUGGGAAUUGGGGUGGAGGAGCUACCUUUUCCCCACGCGUUCACCCACACCCGCCCCGUGAUACAGAGUGCUUAAACCCCCAUUCUAUUUUACUCUGGAACCACUGGUCUGGACUGACCUGAAGUCUGCUUUGUUUUCUUUUUUGCCAGCUUCCCGACGAGCAGGGAGUGAAGCGAAACUAAUUUCUGUUACUCUUUCGCCCACCUUCUCUGCGAGUAGCGCAAGACGCGUGUCUGUUGAUCUUGUGAACGUGACCUUAAAGCAGCAGAUUCCCCUCAAGGCUCAGGCAUGGGGCAAGCUAAGCGGGAGAGGAAUGGAAUUCAAUUAAUCUAAAUUCAGGCACAAGCCUCUGUCAAUAAUAUAUACAUAUUUGGGGAGUAUACUUACAGGGGGUCCAAAUAGACCUAUCGAUCGGGAGAGAGGCCUAAGGUGAUUUCUCUCACUUUCAUGUGCCUUAUUUCCCUUCAAUUAUUAUUUAUCCUUCCCUUUGCAAGUUGCCAAACAGGGACUUGACUGUGUUGUUUAUCACCAUUGUCAUUUAUUUGUUUGCCGCCUUUCAACCAUGCUUGCAACAUGAAAGAAUUUACAUAAUUGCAAAAGUAUGAGACAAGUAGUCAUAAGCAAUAAAUAAAAACGUAUCAAAAUGUGCACAACAAAAGUAAGUAAGUUAUAAUAAGAUCCAAAAAAUAAAGAUACAAAAAAUGAAUGUCAAUAACUGCAAAAUUAACAUCUCCAAAAUUAAAUCUCGAUCCCAGCAAAUAAAAAAACCCUAAACAAUGCCCCACUAAAUGCAUCAACUUCCCCACCUCAGAACAAUUUAUUAUUAUUAUACAAGAACAUGUAGCCACACACAAAAAACCAAGUAAAAAUAUAUAAAAAUAUAUAUAAAAUGUCCAGUAGCACCUUAGAAACCAACUAAGUUUGUUCUUGGUACUGGACAAUUUUUUAUUUUUUAUAUAUAUUUUUACUGUGACAGACCAACAUGGCUACCUACCUGAACACAAAACCAAGUAACAGAGGAAAAAGUAAUACAGAGUUGCAGAAUAAAACAGUAACAGCAAACCAGUGUAUCAAAUAGCAAAUGCAUCAAGUUGAGUCCCAGACUCCUGGUCUGGGAGAAAGAAGGGAUAUAAAUAAAUAAUAUAAUAAAUGUUAUGGUGAUAGUAAUAAUAAUAAUUUCCAACUCCUACUCUCCUAGCAUUCCAUCAGAAUGACUAAGAACCAGAACCCAGCAUUGAACAAAGGGGAUACUUGAUUCAUUUGGUGCUACUAAGAACAAGGGGCAGAUUUAUGUCCCUAUUGUAAAGGAUGAUCCAGGGGACAUUACUUUCUCCUGUAUGAGUGAAUGGCUGCCAACCAGUGUUAUGCUAAGCUAAAAGGACCCAAGGAGGAGUAAAGAGGCUGUGGUCUCCUUCCUGGGAGCCUGCAUGUUCCCACUCACCCAUGAUUUGGCUUAGUGUCCCCUUUGAACGUGACCCAUCAGAAAAUGCAUCUCCAUCAGGAUCUGGGCUACGCUGAAAAGCAGGUCUGGAAUUUUAGUAUUUCUUCAACGUGAGUCCAUGAGUGUGGAGGGUUGUAUGACAUAAGAUAUAUAUAUUUUUAUUAUUGCAUUUGUACCCCACCUUUUUCUCCAGGGAGCUUCAUGACUGAGUAGGGACUAGAACCCCAAUUUCCCACGUCCCAGUCCCACACUCUAACCACUACACUGGUUUGGGGGGUGUCUUAUUUGGAACAGUGUUCUGGAUUCCAUAUGUGAAACGGAAGAUGACAAAACGCCCCACGUGUUUAGACCAGUCUGCUCCUGUUUUGAAUGCCGCUGCUUGGUUAUUGAAUAUGAAGCCUGCGAUGUUUGUGUUUGGAAAGGAUGUAUAGAAACCUCUCCCUAAUCUCUUCCAGGUGUGUUAUAUCGGCAGCUACCCCAGCAGACAGCCACGCUCCUGAACAUACAGGUAUUUUCUGUGCGUUGGGGCAAAAAACAUGGAACUGGUGUGAAGGCAAGGCGGAAGCAGGACUAUAUAUAUAUAUUAAGAAAAAGAAAGCAAAAGACCUGGAUGUAGGAGCUCUGCUGUGUCAGACUGAGGGAAAUUGCCUCAGCCUGCCAGUUAAUACAAGAGGGACCUCCUCUCAUGGAGGAGAAGGCUAUUGAUGGGAGGAAGCAAUGCUUCUGAAUACCAGUUGCUGGAAACCACAGGAGAGGAGAGGGCUCUUGGGCUCAAAUCCUGCUUGUGGGUUUCCCACAGACAUCAGGUUAGCCACUAUGAGAACAGGAAGCUGGACCAGAUGGGCCAUUGGUGUGAUUCUGAUGUUCAUAUGGUCUUGAAAGACCAACAUUGGCUCCCAGUACAUUUCUGAGCACAAUUUAAAGUAUUGGUGCUGACCUUUAAAGCCCUGAACGGCCUCGGUCCAGUAUACCUGAAGGAGCGUCUCCACCCCCAUCGUUCUGCCCGGACCCUGAGGUCCAGCGCCGAGGGCCUUCUGGCGGUUCCCUCACUGCAAGAAGCCAAGUUACAGGGAACCAGGCAGAGGGCCUUCUAGGUAGUAGUGCCCGCCCUGUGGAAUGCCCUCCCAUCAGAUGUCAAAGAGAACAACAACCACCAGACUUUUAGAAGACAUCUGAAGGCCCUGUUUAGGGAAGCUUUUAAUGUUUGAUGUAUUACGGUAUUUUAAUAUUUUGUUGGAAGCCGCCCAGAGUGGCUGAGGAAGCCCAGCCAGAUGGGUGGGGUAAAAAUAAUAAAUUAUUAUUAUGUUGUUGUUGUUAUCAUAUGCAACAAAAUGCUGUAGCAUGAAAUACUUGUUUUCGGUAUUCUGGUCUUAACAACCAGAAUACUCCAUUCCGUUUCACCUCCUGUCACUCAGAAUUCUGUGAUCACUGAGCAUGUUUCGGUCCUCAUUGCACUGUUUUGCUUCUAUAUGUGUUUGCAAACCUGCUACAAGUGGCAAAGAGAGGGAUUCCCCCCAAGCUUGGAGAUGCCUCUGUUGGUUUAUGGGUGGUGCUGAUAUAAAAAGAAAAAUCUAUUAAAAUCUAGGUAAUAAAAACAGUGCAGCACUAUUAAAAGCCCUUUCCUUAAAAACUAAAACUAAAACCAGUCAGUUCGCAAAGGCCUCUUGGAAUAAAACAGUCUGCAGGACCAGGAGGGAGCCAGUCUAGCUUCUCUUGGGAGGGAGUUCCAAAGGCUGGGAGCAGCCACCAAGAAGGCUCUUCUCCUGCAUCCCCACCAAGCGUGCCUGUGAAGGUGGUAGGGCCUCCCCCUAAGAUCUCAGCGCCCAGGCAGGAGAAUAUGGUCCUUCAGAUAGCCUAUGCUUUGUGAAGAAGUGCACACUUCAGUGACUCAGUGAAUUCAUUUUCUUCUUCUUUUUGUAGCCUCAAGGGUCAAAGGAAGCCGAGGCCUUUGUGAAAGCCUUCCUAAAGCGCAGCAUGCCUCAGAAGAGCGAUGAAGACAUCCAGGACCACUUAACCCGAAAAGCGGUGGUCCUUGAACACCUGCACAUGAGGAGGAGAAGGCAGAAGAAGAGGAAAGGCAAGGGGUUCUCUGCCAAGCAGAGGAGAGAGAUGAAGCUCUUUGACAUUAAACCAGAGCACCAGAGGUACGUACUUCUCCAUGAAGCAAAUAGUCAAGCUGCGGGUUUCGCUCCUGCAGGAGACAGCAAUGGCCACCAACCUAGACAGCAGCCCAGCGGUCAGCAUCGGUCUCAGCCUGCUGGUGGAAAGCUAGCAAAGAGGGAGCCAGUGUGACCUCUCUUGGGGAGGGAAUUCCACAUAAUGGGGGAGCAGCCACAGAAAAGGCUCUCUCUCUCUCUCGGGUCACCACCAUGUUUCUGAUGUUGCUGGGACCGAGAAAUUGCACUCCUGAGGAUCUUAACACCCGGGCAGAUUUGGAUAUGGAUAUAUGAUUUUUCAAGGAGCCUGGGCCCAAGGGACUGAUGGAGGAGGGGUGGUGGAUUCCAUCCCAGGACAGAGUCUAACACAGGCCAGUUAAGCCAGGCUAGUAACUUGCAUGGGCUCAUUUACAGUACUGUGUUAACAACUGAUAGCAAGCCUCCUUAAGAAGGAUGCUUGCUUUCUUUCUUUUUGGAAAUUGGGAUGUCAGUAAGGCAAUGUGCUUUGGUCUGUACCAUUCUGAUUUUAAUACAGGCAAUGAGUUAACAGGUUCUUUUCACCAUGUUGGUUCACAACCAAGGAAGAUUACUUGCCUUUGGCACGACAGGCUUCACUUUCAAGUUAACCUGUCUGAGCACCCAGGUGGUUCACUUCGCAGCAUCUCCAGGUAGGGUUUGGAAAAGAUUCCCUGCCUGAAACCCUGGAGAGUUUUUGCCAGUGAAUGUAGACGGCAAUGGCGUAGAUGAACCAAUGAUCUGACUCAGUGUAGGGCAGCUUCCUAGAAUAUUCAAAGCACUAGAUUUCUCAUUUAAAAUAAAUCUGCAAUGGUACUUGGCCACUAGAGGGCAACUUGUGACCUUUUUAUUCCAAAAGGUACCUUGUUUCAAAUUUGUGCAUGAUCAUUUUUCUUUUGUUUUUAAGGCUUUCAAAUGGCAGAGCUGGUGUAUAGGCUCAGCUGUGCUCUGGUAGCAAUAAUCAGAUAAUAUCACCUUCUGGUGUUAGACCCCCUGUUCCCUACACAGAGUUCCCGGGGAAGAAGGAUGGAUUUUUAAGCCACUCUGCUAAUUGUAGAUCUGUGAGGGGAGUAGGGAUCUCCCAGCAACUCUCGGCAGCCUGAACAAACUAUAGUUCCUAGGAUUAUUGGGGGGGUGGGGGGAGAGAGCCAUGACUGUUGAAUGGUAUAAUAAGUGUUUUAAAUGUAUGAUGCAGUUAUGACCCAGAAGACAAGCAGCUCAGCUGGUUCCCUUCAGCAUUUCAGGAGCAGAGAAUAAGGCUGUUUUUAGCCACCAAAAUUAAACGGACCAAAACUUUUGGCGACACUCAACGUUUGUCAUGUUUCAGAUCCAAUUUAGCUCUGCCUUAAACUUCAAUAAAAAUGACUCGCUAUCGAGCCUCGUCUAAACUAUACAAUUAAAGCAGUCAGGGCUUCCUGCAAAGAAUCAUGGGAAUCCUGUAGUUCAUUAAGGAUAUAUAGAGGUUAGGAGAUGCCGGUUCCCCUCACAGAACUACAAUUCCCAGAAUUCCUUCUGAAAAGGGAGCUGGUGGUUAAACAACUCAGAUCGUAACUUUCUCUCCACUGUAAUCACUGCCCUUGAACGGCAUUAAAGCCGUUGGAUGGCCAUCUUGUUUCCCUUACAGCUGGCAGCUAUUGAAAACGUUGAGCGCUUUCUGAACAGGAAGGCCCAGACUUCAUCCACAACUUACCCAUCUUCAGCCUUUUUAUGCUAUCUUUUUGUGAAUUGCCUUUGUCCCACACAUAGUAUUCCAUCCAUAAAAUCAGGAGGGAAACCGUUUCUGAAAUCCUAAAUUGAAUAGUUUCCAUUUCGGACCAGAGGGCUAUUGUUGGCUGCUCACCAUGAUGGCACAGUCAGAGGAAGCAGUGAUUCUGAACACCAGUUGCUAGAAGCUCAAAUCAUUGUGCUUGCUGGUUUCCCGCAGGCAUCUAGUUGGCCACUGUGAGAACAGGAUGCUGGACUAGAUAGGUCACUGGGCCCUGAUCCAGCAGGGCUCUUCUUGCGUUCUUAGAUUUAAUAGAUGCUUCAGGGCAUUGCUGAUACAUGGGGAAUUAACAAAGCCAUUUUUGACUUGUUCUGCAGGUACGAGAUCUUUGUGCCAUUACAUGAGCUGUGGGAGCAGUACAUCAGAGAACUCUGCAAUGGGCUCAAGCUAGAAGCGUAAGUUCAUUAGGCUUAAGUAGUGCUUGGAUCACAUUUGGAGACUUAUGUUGGGAGCACAGCAGUGAUCAGGUGCCGUUUCUCAGGAAAUCAGGGGAUGGGGAACCCGUGGCCCUCCAGAUGUUGUUGGACUUCAACUCCCAUCAGCCCCAGCAAACACCCUGGCUAGUGGUUAUGGAUGAUGCCGGUUCGGUGUUUUCACCACAGGUUCCCCUAUCCCUGUGUUAGCCCCGAAUGGAAUUACAUAUUAUCAUACUUUUUUUGUUUUAUUUGGCACCACCAAAUAAAUAAACCUCAAAGCAGUUUACAGUAAGAAUAAAGCAAUGGAAUUAUCAGCAAAAACAGUUAAAGACAACUAUUUAAAAUAUUUUGGGGGAAGAAAAGUCUGUGCAGUGUGAUUUUUCUCUACAUGCUUUCUGACAUUUAAGAGCCUGUAGGGGUUAUUUUAGGUAAGGUCCAGCACUUAUGGGUUGUAGCCAGUGCUAGUCAUAACUCUGAUCAGUCCCAUUGAAAUUGCAGGGCAUGAAUAACAUAGGUAAAUUAAUUUCAAUAGGGCUACUCUGAGUAAAAGGUCAUUGAAUGCAACCCUGUGUUUGUAAGGUAAUAGUUGCAUGCAGUUCCUGGUUGCAUGGGACAGUGAAGAGGCUGCUAGAGGAGAGAUGGAUAACACCAUCCCUCCUUUAUGCCUACCAUAGAAUGGCGAGGGAAGCCCACGCCUCUGCACCCUGCAUGAACCUUCAGCCCUCUGCCAACCACUUGCAGGCUAGUGAUUCCAAAGGCUUAUUUGCAAGGCUGCUUUAAACUGAGUAUUUCAGAAUUUGAAUGGCUUAAUGUUUCUUGGCACUGUAAUGUUAAUAUUGUUGCUUUUUUAAUACUUUGAAGAACUCUAAUGUUAAUUAGUAUAUUAUAUGUUAUUUUUAUCAGGCAGCCACAGAUGAUUCAGGCCAAAUUGCUGAAAGCUGAUCUUCACGGAGCUCUCAUUACAGGUAUUUGACUUCCGAUCCUAAAUGCAGGGAUGCUUUUAACUUGGGACAGUUCUGAAGGCUGAAAGUCAAAUGUCACCUACUUAAGCAGAUCUCAGUUGACUCUGUAAGUUUUGAGUUGAUCAGCUGAGCAAGUGAUUGAUUGACAAAACCUGCAUAUUUUGCAUAGGAGGGAUCAAUAGCUUCAAAGGAAAUGAUGUACUUUUUGUUUUCAAAUGGGCUGCACGUAAGUAGAGCCAUGCUGGAUCAGACCAAGGGCUGUAUACCCAAGGGUUUUUGAUCCAGUAGGAGGUAUUCAUUGAUAUGGGGAUAAGAACAGGCAGCUUCUGCCUCCUCCCUGCAAACCCACGUGCCUUCGGAAAUCUCUUCCAAAUGAUGAUAUUUUUAUUACUAUUACUUAAAUGUGUGACUCGCCUUCCAUGUAUACGUCCCUGUCUUCAAAACUAACUUUUUGUCUUUCUAAUCCCUUUAGCCACAGACUCGGUUAACACACAAUAGGGAUACACUGCAACAUUCUAUUUGAAAGGCCUGCUUGUAAACAAAAAAAAUUAGGCUGCCUAAUUAAUUGAGGGCAACCAUGUGGUCAAUCUGUGUCCUGGUUCCAGCAAAACAGUCUUGGACUGAUAAGCCCUGUGCCUAGCUUUUGCACUUUUACCCUGCCUUGUCAAACCACAGUUCCUUGCGAUGUCCAAACUGGGAAACUAUGGUUUCCAUGCUACUUAAACAUCACAGUUGGAAACCAGAUCAAUUACCCCUUGUUAGUGCAAAUCUGCUGAGUGUUGUAAAUAAAUAGACACUGACAUCAGCUGGAUGACACUUGUCAAUUACACAAGCAGUUGCAUUCUGUACUGUAAGGGGAAGCACAGAGGCAGGUAGAGUAUUGCAAUAAGUGUAAUGCGAAAACUGACUGUCCUGCCCUAAUAAUCUGCUUUUCUUUGCUAUAGUGACUAAAUCGAAAUGUCCCUCCUAUGUCGGCAUCACAGGCAUUGUCCUGCAGGAAAUGAAACAUGUUUUCAAAAUUAUCACAAGAGAAGACAAGAUGAAAGGUACCAGACACUCCUUACUGUAACUUGCUUUGUUAAUGGUCCCGUCAAAUUGCACAGUGAAUCACUGCUCCUCCUUCACUAAUGGCCAUUUGUCUCAUUUCACCCUGGAAGGGUCUUGGCUAGUUGCUACAGAGUUGAGAUUUUGGUUUCUUUUUUUAAAAAGAAGUGAAAUUGGUAAAUCACAAUUAAGAUCUGUUUUCAGAGUAUGCUUUACUGGACUUUAGGCACCACCAAAAGCAUUCCUUUUUUAAUGAGGCCUUUGGCUUUAAACUAUCUAUGUUUUCCCCUGUCCUCAGCUGCUUAUGUCUUAGUCUUGAUUUGUAGGCCCCUCAAGACAGGGGUCUGCCCCCCUUAUUCUGAGUUAAGCACCUCAUACAAUGUGGUGAACUGCAGUGGUUUUCAACCAGUGUGCCGUGGCACCCUGGGGUGCCUUGAAUGAUGGUCAGAGGUGCUGCGGGCAACACUGGCCUCUGUCCCUCUUUCCUUCCCUCUCUCCUCUGAUGCCCUCUUGCGUCUCUGCCUCCCAAAGGCUUGCACAGCUGUUUAUUGCAGCAGCAGCGGCUAUAAGCCAGGGCCUUUUCAGUACUGGUCCCAACUUGGUGGAAUGAUCAGUCACAGGAGACUAGGGCCCUGUGGGACUUGACAUAUUUCCGCAGGGCCUGCAAGACAGAGCUGUUCCGCCUUGCCUUUGGUUUGGACUCACUCUGACCCUUAUGUUUCCCUUAUGGUCUUGAUUUAUCGGCUGCAUUUUAAAUUGCAUUUUAACCUGUAUUUUAAAUUGGGGUUCCCCCCCCAUUAUGUUUUUACUGUGAUUUUAUUGGUGUUAGCCGCCCUGAGCCUGGCUCUGGCUGGGGAGGGUGGGGUAUAAAAAUUAUUAUUAUUAUUAUUAUUAUUAUUAUUAUUAUUUAAGCUCCACAGGCGAAUGGUGCUUCUAGGAGGCAGCUCUCUUUGGGGCAGGGAGGGGGCAGCUCAGAGACCAGAGACGGCAGCAGCAGCAACUGCCCAGAGGACUCCCAAGGAAAGGGGAGGAAAGAUGAGGCAGAGGGAACACUGCACAAGGGGAGGGUGUUGGAUGUUUGAAAAGCGGUGAGAGGCUGCCAGCUCUGCGGGCAGUACUGGGUUCCUGAGACCCACAGGGGUGCCGCAGGAAGAAUGUAGUUGGUCAAGGGAGCCGUGGACUUGAAAAGGUUGAAAACUCUGUUGUAGUGGGUUAAGAGCGCUGGACUAGGACCUGGAAGAGACCCGGUUUCAAAUCCCUACUUGGUCCAUGAAGCUUACUGGGUGAUCUCGGGGCAGGUCAUUGCCUCUCAGCCUAACCUACCUCAUUGGGUUACUGUGGGGAUUAAAUGGGAGGACGGGACCACUUAUACCCCCUUAAGCUCCUUGGAGGAAAAGGUGAGAUCUAAAUGCAGUAAAUAAAUAAAUAAGGUGAUACAUCAAUAGAACCACAUAAGGCUCUGCAUUUGUACUGCGGCCGCUGACGCCUGUCAUCUUCUUGGCUUCCCUUUCCAGUCAUCCCGAAGCUCAACAACGUCUUCAGCCUGGAGAUCGAUGGCUUCAUCUCCUACAUCUACGGGAGCAAGAUUCAGUUCCGAGCCAGCGAGCGUUCUGCAAAGAAGUUUAAAGGAAGAGGAACAAUUGACCUGUGAACCUUCUUCCUUCUUCCUUUCUUUCUGGAAAUGGGAGCCACUGAUGUGUUGUUUCCAAGGGAUGGAGAGACUAUUCCUAGCAGUUUGUGCAUCCUGAGACUUGGGUGUGUGUGAAGGAACAAUCCUUGUUGUUUUAAACAAGAGAGUGUGAGAAAUGCAUCCAUAUAAAUGAAUGCUCCCGCAGUGUUUCAAACACCUUUCUAUCCUUUGUACAUCCUUUGUGUUUUAUUGAUGUUAUUAAACCUUUUAAAUAAAUAAAAUCAUUUCCACUAAGCCC